GUUGGAGACUGCCGAUAUUUGUAACUAGCAAAGCGGUCAGCGGUUGAUGUUGUGAUGUCACUUCCUCCCCCAGACCCCCAGUACAUCCUUAGGGGGUCGGGAGCCCAAAUUAACACGCUCCACUUCAGGUGCGACAAUGAAGGUCCACCGCUACUCUUCUCUGGCUCAGGUAAUGGGGCUGUCCAUGUUUGGAAUCUCAACACCAGAAGACCGGAGAAGGUUCUAGAAGGUCAUUCAAGUUCCUCCAUCAUCUGGGUCAGCACUCUAAACUCUAGAGAAACGCUGAUUAGCCAGGGACGCGAUAUGCGCGUUUGCGUUUGGGACUUGGGCGAGGGCCGCGGUGAUGUCACAGAGGCGUUUGUGACGGGAAGCGUGGGAUUCUGCCAGUGUUCUCUUCUAGAAACUUCACCAGGAAGAUGGCUGCUAGCAUAUCCAGGAGAACAGAUGGAGGAGGUGAGAGUAGCAGAGUUUCCCAGCCUGAUUCCAGUAUGUUCCCUUAAGCCGGACUCUAAAGCAGGCAUGCUAAUGUCCGUGAAGAUUUGGCAGAAGGACAGUGGUGGGUGUCCUGAGAUUGUUGCGGGGUAUGAGGAUGGCUCAGUGGUCCUGUGGGACGUGACUCAGAGGCGUCCAGUCAGCUGCCUGAAAGUCUACAGUGAGCCAGUCAUGUGCCUGGAUUUUGACUCAGGCAGACUCAAGGGCGCCUCAGGGUCCUCAGAGAAGGUCAUUUCUUCUUGGACCAUCGACGAGAAGCAAAACUUACAGAUGCAUGACUCCGUUGAGCUGGUGAACCCCGGAAUCUCUCAGCUGCGUGUCCGUGACGAUGGUAAGAUCUUGGCGUCGGCCGGGUGGGACAACAACCUCCGAGUGUUCGCCUGGAAGAAGAAACUCAGACCUCUGGCUGUCCUGAAGCACCACACAGACAUGGUACUUAGCGUGGGCUUCUCUGACCAUCAUGACCCCAGGCAGAGGCUGCUGGCUGCUGGAUCCAAAGAUCAACGAAUUAGCCUCUGGUCCAUAUACAACCAGAGCUAGGGAUAAAAGUCUUGGGUGAC